CGCGGCUGCGGGCUGAGAAGACACAAGAGCCGUCGCUGUCGCCACUGUCGGAACCGUCUCAGCCACCGCCUGGAGCCGCCGGCAUUCUCCACCUCGCCGCCCCCGCCCAGCCUGCCGCGCCAUGCCGUCGGAGAAGACCUUCAAACAGCGCCGAACCUUCGAACAAAGAGUAGAAGAUGUGCGACUUAUCCGAGAGCAGCAUCCUACCAAAAUCCCGGUAAUAAUAGAACGAUACAAAGGUGAGAAGCAGCUUCCAGUCCUGGAUAAAACAAAGUUCCUGGUGCCUGAUCAUGUCAACAUGAGUGAGCUCAUCAAGAUAAUUAGAAGGCGCUUACAGCUCAACGCUAAUCAAGCCUUCUUCCUGUUAGUGAAUGGACAUAGCAUGGUGAGUGUGUCCACGCCCAUUUGUGAAGUGUAUGAAAGCGAGAAGGAUGAAGAUGGAUUCCUGUAUAUGGUAUACGCCUCUCAGGAGACUUUUGGAAUGAAAUCAUCUGUGUAAGACUAAAAAAAAAUGUGUCUGUUCUGGAAUUUAAACCCUUACCAAGGAAUAAAAAAGGGAUGUUACCAACUGAGAUUGAUCAGUUCACCUAAUCACAGAUCAUCAAAACAGUAGUAGUGUUCCUGCCUAGCAGUUUUUAGGAAGUUGUUUUUUUGUACUUCAGGCAGGAAAACCGGGCUCCGAAUGAGCACAUUCAGCUUUGGGAAACUUCAUUAUUUAACCUAGGCUGUCUUGUUUUCAAAUUUAGACGUUUAAAAAUAAAAUACUUUGCAUUCUAAGUUGCCAAUAAAAUAGACCUUCCAAGUUAAUGUUUUUCCCCCAAAAGGAACUUGCAAUUUGAACAUUCAGAGAGACAUUCAGUCUUCUCUCUAGGUUCACAGAACCUGCCAGCUUUUUAUAGCAGGGUUUCUACUCAACUAGAGAAAUCUCCUUAAGAGGAUCUUUAAGCCUAAAUUGUCAGGCAUAGCCACCCCCCACCCCCCAGCCCAUUUGCCAUAAUAGCUGGCAGAAAGCAGGGUGGACGGGGGUGUAUAGGAAAUGAGAAAGCUGAGCUGCUGUCCAGGGUUCCUGAUUGCUAAUAAGCGUAUUUCACAUCAGUGCUCUCGUCACGAAGUUUUCAUCUGGUUUGUUCUCUAGGCAGUAACGCAGAAAAAUACCACUGCUCAACUGGAACCUUGAACAAUUUAUAAUUUUGGUCAAGUUUCUCAAAAGACCUAGAGAAAGAGAACGACAUUUUGUUUGUUUUGAAUAUUCUCUUAAGAGCUCAAAAUAGUGCCUGCUUUGGUACAUGAACAAGCAGUUACAUGGGUUUCAUUCUUUGGGACAAAGGUAGAAAGCUACAGGAUACUGAAAACAAAAAGCAUUAAAAUUCAGAUACACUUCCUCGACCUUUUGGCUUAAAGCUGUAGAUGAUCCGUGUUUUAUGUUAAGUGUGUGACUAAAAUAUGUUAUUAAAAAGCAUCUUUAAGGGUAUUUCAGUUAUCACUGUGAGGUCAAGCAGUCCUCAAAAUUCCCCCACUCCAUGUGCAUGUCAGUUUUGAAAAUAGCGAAAGGAAACAUGUUCUUCACAGAUAUUAAUGUGUCACACGUUAAGCAUUUUCAAAGUCCAACUAGAGUAAAUAACCAGUGCUUCCUACUACCUGCAUGGGGUUCAC